AUGCGAGCGUUCAUUGUCGUCUUCAAAGCUCUCCGCAUGUUUGUGGCCGAGUGCGCAGCAUGGGUUGCAAUGGAGGCAAAGGAUUGCCAGAACAACGGUGCCGCAUCCCUUCGUCAUGCAGUUGCCUUGGCCAGUGGGCGACGGGCGCAAAAGCUGAUCACGUGGAAGACGUUCCAGAAUGCGGCCAAAGGGAGUGGCCUGGUGUACUGUGGUGCGACGAGCGACCCCGAAUCUUUGCAAUGGCUGUCUUCGCUCUUUCUCUUCACUUUGGAAGCCUUGCUUCACCGGGAUGCCACGCAUCGCAGCUUCCCUUGGAGGGUGGUGACAUGCUUGAACGAGCAGUUGAAGGAAGAGACUUUGUCCUUGAUGGCUGAAGAGUGGGCACUGGUCACCGAUGUCAUCGACAAGCUGCCCGAGCGCCAUGAGCUCUACAAGAAGAUGGGGUGGACCAGGUAUCAGUGCUACCGCGACUGCAUGGUGAAAGCAGAGUCCAUGGGAUUCACAGCUGAAGGCAUGUCGCAGGAGAAGGGCGCCCUUUUCCGCGAAGUUUGCAGAUCGGUGGCCGGGCUCACAGGCCAGGCAGCAGAGAGUGCAGACUCCCUGCUCGUCUCUCUGCCAUCCGAAUUAUUAUUUAACGAUCUCCGCGACGCCGGCCGACGUCACAGCAAGGCCGAGAAAACUCUCCCUCACAAUGUCCACUGCAUCGCACACAAGUCUGCCACAGUGCGAUGUGCCGGCGGCAAAAGCCUGGAGAUCAGUGCUGAGGACUGGAGUGCUGGGCUCAAGUCCAAGCACGUAAGGAGCAGUGUCUUCACGUGCAGAGCGACGGACAAGGAUCUGGGUGUCUCCGCCGAAGGCCUCACAAAGCACAAGAGCUCCACGUACACCAAGCCGCAUAUCAUGUGUCAAAGGCAAGAGCUGAUGCGACUCCUCUGCAAUGCCUACAGCAAGGACAUCCGCAAUGAGCUCGCGAACCAAGAGGACAGGAAGGACAUUCUGCUGAACGUCUACAGCUCCCUGUGGAUGUCCAAGCUGGUGCCAGAGCAUGUCUUCGUGUCCUGGAAGGAUGGCGAAGAGGAGAGCUCCAGAGCCUUGGUUCUGGGGUCGGGGCCCUGGGCUUUGAGGAUUUUGCCACUCGUGAAGUACGGCCCGAACCAGUACACUUUCGAGAAAAUGGAGGUGCCAAGGUCUGAGGUGCCUGUUGGUGGCAUUCACGACAUUGUGAUCAGCUUUACAGAACCGAUCAUUUGUCAUGAUCAGUUGGGAUGGUCCCAAACAUCAGACUGGAUGGGGCUGCCGGCAUAUGUUGCCGACCACUCACUGCUGAGCCUUCCUCGCAGCCUGGUCAACCAGUUGUGCAGUGCCCUAGGCUUGAAUCACACGAGGUUGGAUUUUAAAUCCAGGGUCAAGUUGUUCUUGGAGCACAUGAAGAAGAGCCCAGAGUUCAUAAACGACAUCCUCGAAGAGAUUCCCGAGGCCGCAAGCAAGAGCAAGCCUAAGAGCGCCGAUGAUGAAGAAGGUGACCCAGGCGAGGACUACUUGGAAGGCCAGACCGAGGACGAGCAAGAGGAAGAGGUCAUGGAUGAUAUGGCUCAAGACCCCGAAGAUGAUGACAUGGACAGCAAGGACAACGACCAGGGCGCUCAGUCCAAGCCCAGCGAUCUGGAGCGAGCUCAGGGCGCUGAGGCGGCGGAGCCCCGGGAUGACGCUGACAUGGGCAACACAGCUGGUCGGCAAGCAGAUCCAGCAGACACGGAGUCGAAGGAAAGAGCAGUUCACUUCGGAGUCACUCGCCAGGGUUCGACAG